UCCGGCCAGUGAGCCACGGCCAGCCUCACCACGGACGCACAACCUCCGCGAUGCGACGCGCGUCGACAGCGCACUCGCCCGAGAGCAGGCAGCACAAACAACAACCAACCUUCGUGAAUUUUGACGUCUGCAGCGUUGCCGUACUGGUUGUUGCCACUGAAGCGCCACAAAACCGCCAGCCGGCCAUCAAACCCAACUUUUCUCAAAACAUUGUGAAUUGUUUUAAGCACUUGACGACGUGCCAAACGAAAUUAGUUUGUUCACCAUGGCCGAACGCCUCGGUGAAUCCAACGUGGGGAAGCCCUCAUUUCUCGAGGCUGUCCUUUCCAACGCAGGCCAAGUUGAAAUGAGUGACAUCAAGGAACGGAUCAUGAAUGUCACGCAGAAUGUUUCCCAGCUGAAGCUGCGUGUCCACGAUUACAUGAAGAGCAAGUUCAUUGACUUUGAUCCACUCAUGAAAAGGACUGUUGGCUUCCUUGAUAAUGCUGUCAGGACCUCAGACGAGAUAAACACUCUGUUUAACCGCAUCGAGUUCCAGACUAAACAUGAUCUUGCUAAUUCAACUGGUGAGCUAAGAAGUCUACAUGACUCUCUCAAAGAAGCAUCAGUUGUUCAUGCUGUUACAACUGAACUUUUGCAGAUGGAAAGUUUCAUGAGAGGUGUAGAGGAUGCUCGGAAAGAAAGGAAGUUUGUUGAGGCGGCUAAGUCUCUUCAAUCAUUGCGGGAAUUAUUGAAGGAGUCUUCCCAGGAAGUUCGCCUGCUUGAUAUUUACAAAUCACUUCAAAGACGCUACCAAUCCCUUCAUUCAGAGUUUUACCGUGAACUGCUCAAUAAACUGACUGUUUUCAUAUCAUGGGAGAGCUCUGAUGCUGCUAACAAUGUAGUCAAGUCCAUAAUUAAGCUUGGAUCUGAUGAUCAAGAAGAAAAGCAAGAAGUCUUGCAGGCCUUUCACCUUAUGGAAGAGCUAGAUCCAUGGUUGAACAAGCUCCGGAAAUUCUUGAUGCGAUCGGUCUUGAUACCCCUCAUACUUAAUGAGGCUACAGUGAACAUUCACAGUGGAAAAGCAUACAGCAGUGUUCAGGUGGCAGUGAAGACAUCGUCUCACAAGCCUCCUUAUCUCUUGGUUUUGGAUAAUCUCACAAAGUGCCUUAAGUUUCUUCAUGAAAAAUUGGACAUGCAAUUUGAGAAUGGUGACUUCUUAUUAGGAUUACUGGGUUGUGGAAUUUCAGCAGAGUUCACUGAUAAUCUCAUUAAAAAAUGCUUGAAGGAGACAGUACCCAGCACUCAUGCUGAGCCGGUCAACUUGACCAGUAUCCAAGACAGAGUUAUUGCUUUCAACAAAUUUUUGGUUGACAUUGGAUUUCUUUCUGAGAAUGACUCCAGUAUUGUAGAGUAUGCCCACAAUAUUUAUGCAGUUUCUGUUGAAAAAGCAUUUGAAAAUUACCUCAAAAAAGCGCGUGAAAUCAUGAAAAAAGAUCUGCAAGACAUGGUAGAAGUGGGUCCACAGACUCCUUUAUUGUCCUUAAGUUCAACACUUGAUAAUUCAGAGACAGUAGUUGAUCCCUCAGUGUUUAUGCAAGAGUCAUUUUCCAAUAUUGCCAUCAAAGCAGAGUCGGAUCUGAAUUCCAAUUUUUUCCAAUUUCCUAAAUGUUGUGUAAGUAAAUCAACCAUAGAGAUUCUGGAUCUUGUUAGUACCAUCCUAGAGGAUUCAAAGAACACUGGAGAUUCUAAAGAAAAUGGUUUAGUUCAAUAUUUUAUUAGUACAGCAAAAAUUGUGUUCGAAUUGUACAUGGCUGUUGUUCCAACUUUCCAUGAAAAUCAACUGAGCCUUAUUCCUCAGCAAGUUGCUCUUUUUCAUAAUAACUGUAUGUUCCUUGCCCACCGAUUGAAUGUUUUGGGCUUUGAAGUUGACUCAUCGUUGCAUACUAAUUCCAAUGCUGACGUCCGAGCAACAUUUGUGGAAUACGUGGUAGGCCUCAGACAUCUAGGAACUGUCACUUUCUUAAAACAUAUGCGACAGCAAAGGAAACAAAUGUUGGAUCUUGUUAAGGAGUCUGGCUUAGCAACAUUAGGAGAGAACUCGGAACUCUCCUCUGACACAGAGAGAACUUUAGACCAGUGUUUAAAGCGGCUUGAGUUGCUACAAAUAGUGUGGCAAACUGUAUUACCUGGAGAUGUUUACUCAAAAUCCAUUGGUGUAUUGGCAAAUACCUUUGUAGAGGAGCUCAUUCUCCGAGUUGUAAGUGUGGAAGACAUUCCUGCCAACACAGCAGUUCACCUGACUUCACUUUUCAAAAAAGUGUCAGACCGGAUUCCAAAACUGUUUGAGAAUGGCAGCAAGGUUGUUCUCUAUGUGAAACAAUGGCGUCAGUUCCAAGAACUUAUCUCAUUACUUAAUGCCAGUUUGCGAGAGAUUGAAGAGGGAUGGGCUGAUGGUAAAGGGCCCCUUGCCCACGAAUUUUCAGUAGAACAAGUGAAGCAGUUGAUUCGAGCUCUGUUCCAGAAUACCUCGAGGCGUGCAGAGGUUCUCGCUAAGAUUAAGUGAAGCCAAUAGAAGUUAUGUAAAACUUGCAUUGUACAAUCAUUUCCAAAUUGAUUCUUUCAUUAUUUUUAUCAGAUUAUUAUUAAAUAUAUUUUUAACCUA